GUCUACGUCGAUCGUAUCGAAUACAAUUGAAUACUAGCAUAGGACUGUGCGGUUUCGCGCGGUUGCGGUCAAAUUUCCCUCGAGUUUUCCCUACAACGCUGCUUUUCCCCAACCGUGGUCGCGAGUACCAGGUCUCGAGCCUUCGCGUCGUGUCAGCCGGUGUUGUGUACGACAAGCAAGUCGUAGGCGCUUCUGGUGCGCGCAUCUCUCGCCAAGAGAGACCGUAGCGCGGUGUGAGAAACCGAAGGCGGCUAAAGGCGGUGGUGAGUCAGGGCUGCAAGGACGUCGCGUCGGAUGUGCCCCACUGAGGAGUCGCACCAGCGACGGCACCAACGACAGCGGCGGCAGGUGGGAGUAGCGCCGCUCCUCGUACCAGACUUUUAUGAGAGUAGGGAGCGUCGCGCAAUAUUCCGCGCAACCGACAUCGUGACUGCGGGGAUCGAAGCUCUGACUAGCGGCUAUCGGUCAAUUCGCGCGAAUCCGGUGAGUCAUCGUUAAUCGUCAGGCAUCUCCAAUUGCUUUGCGUUAAUCCCGUGCGACCGAGGAUGGACUCGCGGAUCCAGGACGCUCUCAACGACGUCCUGCUCAAGAGGGAUCACGACUCUGUCGACGAUUUCGAGCAUCUUGGCCACGACGGCUCCCCGGACGACCGUCCGGAGCAGCAGCAACAGCCGCUACCGCGACCGAUUGACGCGCCACGUGUCGAUGAUCUGCUGAAUAUCGGCGACUCCUUUCAGGACUCCGUGUUGCCCAGCGCGCUUCUCGACACCGAAACGAAACCCGUGCCGGCGACACCGCCGCCUUCCGCAGACUUCGACAAGUGCGCGGCCAUGGCGCAGUCGUCGGACCCGUUCCAGCAGCCGCUGAACCCGGUCGAUCCCAAGCUGGCCAGCAUGACGUUCGUCGAGACCGAGCGGGCCUACCGUCACCAUCAGUUCGACGACGACGUCGACGAUGACGAUGACAACGACAACGGCGACAACGAGGAGGAAGAGAUGAUCCUCCAGCCGCCGUUGUUACCGAUCUCGACCACCGCCGCCGUUCGAUCUGACGACGACUUUCCGCUGACGUCGUCGGCGAAAGCCGCCGACAGCAAGGCGCGACCACUCGAAGAGCACGAGGACCCCGCUGUACUGAUUACUUGCACCGGUUAUGGGAGACGACACGAGCGCGAUGUUGCUCCGCCGGGCGGCAUCAACGUCGGCGAGGACGAUUUCAUGCAGAGCAUCAGAUCGUCGAUGUUGCCGGCGCCGGAGAGGUCGCCGCUGAUAGACUUCCUCGGAGACGACGGCGAGUCGUCGAGGGAGGACAAAGUUAAGAACAUUACGGACGACGACUCGUGGAACGUAGUGGAGAGAACGGAGCUGAAGCGCGAACAGGCUAGAGCGUUUGAGCCUACAAAGCCGUUGCCCCCGUUACCUAGGGAGGCACAACUCCCGGAGAAAACACGCCGGAACGUGUACGAGGUAUCGAGUGACCUCUUUGCCGCGGAGACCGCCAAGCCGUCACCGCCUCCGCCGCUGCCGCAGCACGAGAGUGUCAGUAAGCGACGUGAAACACCGAAACCCAAGGAGCCCGAUUACGCCUCUUCUCGCUUGGUCGGCAAAAAGAAGCAGGAGAUCGAAAUCGCGCCGAAGGAGAUAUUCAGAGAUAUGGGAUUGGACGCAUGGUUUAACCCUGAAAGACUGAAUCCAAAAGUGGCAGCUCUGAUAUACUGGCGCGAUCCGAAAAAAUCGGGGAUCGUUUUCGGCACGAUACUAGGCGUGCUCUUGUCACUGGCCUAUUUCAGUCUGAUUAGCGUGCUGGCUUAUAUGUCACUUCUCGCUCUUAGCGGAACCAUCCUCUUCCGUAUCUACAAAACUGUUCUUCAAGCAGUCCAGAAAACUUCGGAUGGCCAUCCAUUCAAGGAUAUUCUUGAGCUGGAUCUGGCAUUACCAGCUUCGAAAGUGCACGAAGUCGCGGAUGUCGCAGUUGCACACGCUAAUGCUGCCGUUAGCGAGCUGCGCCGACUUUUCCUCGUUGAAGAUUUUGUCGAUUCUCUGAAGUUUGGCGUUUUGCUAUGGUGUCUCACCUACGUGGGUUCUUGGUUCAACGGCAUGACUCUUAUUAUAAUUGGAGUGGUUGCUCUUUUCACGCUGCCUAAGGUUUACGAGACAAACCAGGAGCAGAUUGAUCAGAAUCUGGCCUUGGUGCAGGCGAAGAUCAACGAAAUUACCGCCAAAGUAAAGGCGGCAAUUCCUCUUGGCAAGAAAGCUGAGCCGACAAAGGAAGAAUAAGGGAGAGUCACGAGUGGCAAUAGUCCAACGGACAGCCGAGACAGCAGAUAUAGAAAAGAUUAAGAUAGAAGCAAACGAGAGAAGCGUGAAAAGUGAGAGAAGAGCUUGAGAGCGCGCGUGCUAGCAGACCGGGAGGAGAUUUGCAUCAUUCAACGAAGAUCGAGCCCAGUAAUCACGCGGAUAGCGGGAGCCGUCAUCUUUACGAGCCUGUCCGCUGUAUUUCCAGAGAAGGAUAUCAAUUUCUCGAGGCACAAAAUGGUCGGUAAAGCCGAUAAACGGCCGCGCACGCGUACAUCGACAUUCUAAUCUCGAGAGCAAUUCUUAUCGAGGAAGCAAACACCGUAAGCGAAAGAAAGAAAGAAAGAAAAGCAACAUUUAGUGAUUAAUUAAUCGUUUAUUAUUACGAUAAAAAAUGCGAUGGCAAGUUUUCGGCCAGCCACAGUGCAAUGCGCGCGGGGCUGCUCUCGAGGAUUGAAUCAGCCCUCCGCCUCUCCCUUCCCCUUUUUUCGUCAUACUCUUUGACAAAUGUGUUUUACGAUUAUCAUAAACUUCGUGUUUUACUACCUACCCGAUGAUGUCCUUUGUUUUCCUCUUUGCGAAGAGAAAAAGGAAUAAAAGGAAGAGUAAGUUGAAAGAAUGAUAGAGUAAGAAUGAAUACCCAUAUGGUGAUAUGAAUAUAUGAGAGAAAGAGAGAGAAAGAGAGAGAGAGAGAGAAAGUGAGUGAACAAUAAGGUUGUAUGUGAUUUAUCUUAGUCUCGUCUUCGUCGGAACGUCGUAUUUCGAGUAGUUUGGAUAAUUGUUUCGCGGAUCGGGCGCCACUAAAAAUAAUUGAAUCGCGUCGCAGCGAGAUAUAAUGAGAAAUGGGGGUGUCGAAGAAUAGUGAUACUUGAAAGAUUCAAUGGACAAGGAGUGACGAAUACGAGAUGUCCAGCAUAUAAAUAGAAUCGUUUAUUCCUCAGCGGUAUAGAGAUCUUAAAGUAAUUAUCUUAUUUACAGCGAUAUCCCCCAUCGUCUCGAUGUUUUUAAGUUGUUGUGUUUGGGAGAAUUGAAUGGAGAUUUAAUGACGAAUUAAACCAUGCAGAAACGUAUAUAUUGUAUCUGUCUCUCAAUGACGUUGACGUUUGCAUAAUAUUAUUGCUACUGCAUCAUUAAUUGUAAUUAUAUCGUUAUGUACGCACACGCAUUUUAUAUAUAUAUAUACAUCGUAUAUGCUGCUCGUGUGCGUAUGUAUAUGUGUGUACAAACGCGCAUGUGUGUAUAUAUGUGAAUGGAAAGGACAGUUAUCGAAGACGGUGAUCCUAAAUAAUAAUAGGGCACGGAAUAUAUUUGAACGGUGAACGAUAAAGAUGCAACUUUAUAUCGUAAUAGCUAAUAGUUAUCGACAACACAGUGUUUUUAUCGGGACCGAUGGCGAAAUGUUCAGAAUGUGAAUUGUAAUAUGCAUAAUAUGCUUCUUGUCGUUUUCAUUAUUGCAUCUGCAUCCGCAUCCGCAUUAAUUUAUAAAUAAAUGAUAUUAAAUAUAAA